AUGGCUGGCAAGAAGAAAGAAGUUCAGCUCCAGACCCUCAUAACCGAUCAAGAGCAGUGGGAUGAAAUGCUGCAGAUAAAGGGUAUAGUAGUAAUAGAUGUGUAUCAAGCUUGGUGUGGUCCUUGCAAAGCUGUGCAGAAUUUGUUUAGAAAACUAAGGAUCGACUUUAGUGAAGACAAUUUGCUACAUUUUGCUGCGGCAGAAGCUGACAACAUUGAAAUUCUGAAACCAUUUAAGAGGAGCUGUGAACCUGUGUUUCUUUUCAGUGUUCAUGGUAAAAUUCUGGCAAUGGUGAGAGGUGUAAAUGCUCCUCUCAUAAACAAGAUAGUAACAGAUUUAGUGCAAGACGAGAGGCAAAUUGCAGCUGGAGAGAAGGAACGUGCUGAGGUAGAAGAACUCGUUUUUCAUGACGAAGGUUCAUCAGAUGGGUCUGCUGAGGAGGUUGUAGAGGAGGAAGUACUCACUUAUUCUGUUGGAAUUAUAAAACCCGAUGAUGUCUUAGCAGGACGUGUAGAAGAAAUUAAAAAAAAGAUUAUAGAUGCAGGAUUUGGCAUUGAAGCAGAUGAGGAAAGAAUGCUUACUGAAGAGCAAAUCAGAGUAUUUUACGCCCGGAAUAAAGACGAGCCUGACUUUAACGCAUUCGUUCAAUUCAUGAUGAGUAGACCAUGCCACGUUUUGAUAAUCACUAAAAAAGAAGCAACUGGUGCUAUUCCUCAUUGGAUAGAACUACACAAAACAAGUGAGUCUGGUGAGCCUGAGGAGCCAAUCAAGUUGGCACCACUCAAGGAAACUGAUAGUCUGGUAAAUCUAUGUGAUGUGCAAGACAGUAUUGAAGAUGCCAGCAGACAGCUUGCCUUCUUUUUCCCAAAUUUUCAUAUUGAGGAGGGAGGACACCACGCUGAAAGGACUUUGGCCAUAAUUAGACCUACUCUCUUGAAGGAAAGGCGAAAUUCCAUCAUUCAAAGGAUACAGGACGAUGGUUUCCAAAUAGCAAUGCAGAAAGAAAUAAUUCUAACUGAGGAUCAAGUACGUACAUUUUACAAAGAGCAUGUAGAUCAAGACUACUUCCCAGUCUUUCUAGAGCAAAUGACCAGUGGUCCAACUCUUAUAUUGGCUCUAACACGAGAAAAUGCUGUAGCACACUGGAGAAGUUUACUAGGCCCAAAGAUCCUUGAAGAGGCUAAGGAAAAUCCAGAGAGUCUGCGUGCACAGUUUGCGUUUGAACAUGUACCUAUCAACCAGCUGCACGGCAGCUCUACGCCCAGCGAUGCUCAGAAGGAACUAAAGUUCUUCUUCCCUGAGGAACACACCUUUGCAUUAAUCAAACCUGAUGCAACUACUCAUAAAGAUGAAAUUCUGAAAAAAGUUAAAGAGGCUGGAUUUAGCAUCACGAAGGUAAAAGAACAAGCUUUAACUCGGGAAAUGGCUUUACACUUUUACAAGGAUCACGAAGGAAAACCCUUUUUUGAUGACCUGGUGAAUUUUAUGACACAGGGUCCAUCCGUGAUAAUGGUCUUAUCAAAGGAAAAUGCUGUGGAAGAAUGGAAGAAACUAAUGGGUCCACCUGAUCCAGAAGAGGCAAAGAAGACCUGUCCUGAAUCAAUUAGGGCUCAGUUUGCGCACGAUAUUUUGGCUAAUGCUGUUCAUGGUUCCUCUGAUAUAGAACAGGCAGAGAGAAACAUUCAGUUUGUAUUUGGAGAGCUGGAUGCAGACUAA